AUGAAACGAAAUAUCUUCUUAAUCAUUAGUGCCUUGGUAUUCUUAGCAGCUGUCAUUACCACUGCUUUGCCACAAGGCGAACCCAAAACCAAUGAAACUGAAGCUGAAAGUGGUCAUCAUUUUACUGACUUAAAAAACAAAAUUAAGGGUUGGUUCGAUCCUGAAGAAGACGACGAUAAGGUCGACAAAUAG